AUGACCGAACCGCUCAGUCAUCCGGAGAAUAGGAAACACGCGCCACACGUGCGGAGACACGGAAUCAAACAAUUCAUUAAUAUCUAUAACCAAAACAAAGACCGAAUCGACCGGUGCUUCAAAUGGGGCGAUGAGAUCGAGUACGUCAUCGUCCGCUUCGAUCACAACAACAAAAAGGUUAGACUAAGUCUUCGUCCGAAAGACAUUCUGGAGGUUAUGGAUGAAAGGGAGGCGAGAGAGGGACCAAAGUGUGAGGUGUUGUGGCGGCCAGAGUACGGCUCGUUUCACAUCGAGGCCACACCCGGACAGCCGUACGGACACCAAAACGAAAUGAAUGGCAAAAAGUCAAUGAAUUGUUGGUUUAAUAACGUAGAGAAUAAUAUGAAGGAAAGGCGUCGAGAUAUCAAACACCUUCUCGGACCCGACGAAGCUUUACUUUGUUUGGGAAAUUUUCCCAGGUUGGGUUGCGAUGACAUUAGUGUGCCGUACAGUAGUCCCGAUCCCCUGAACAGCUCAACGGGCAGUAUCUUUGUGUCGGAUGUGUUGACAAACAGCGCUCAUCCAAGAUAUAUAAAGACGGGCUAUAAUAUAGUUCAACGCAGAGAAAAGAAGAUCACAAUCAAUAUUCCCAUCUUUAAAGACACCAAAACUCCCGACCCUUUCAUCGAGUUGUUCAACGAUAAGGAGUCCAAUAGAGAGGCAAAAGUAGAUCACAUUUAUUUGGACGCACCCGUACUGGGAAUGGGCUGCUCUUGUCUUCAGGUUACAAUGCAGGCGACGAAUAUAGAGGAGGCGUUUGUAUUGAACGACCAGUUGUUGCCGUUAACGCCUAUUAUGACGGCAUUAAGCGCAGCCACUCCUAUAUUUAGGGGCUAUUUAUCCGACUAUGACUGCCGAUUGGAGGCCUCGUCCGCGUCGAUGGACGACAGAACUCCUGAAGAACGGGGAGAGAAACCCCUAAAACAUGAUAAAUUUAGGAUUCAUAAGUCCCGAUGCGCCCCUUUAAACACAUAUCUGUGCGAAUGUAACGCUAGAUAUAAUGAUAAUCCCAUUGUCUAUAAUACGGAGUUUUAUGAUGAGAUGAUCAGUGCCGGAGUGACACUAUCUCUGGCCCAACACAUGGCAUAUGUGUUCAUUAGAGACCCGACGGUUACUUAUUGGGAGAAAUUGGAUCAAAACGAUAGCACAGAAACGGAUCACUUCGAGAAUAUUCAGUCGACUAAUUGGCAGACAAUGAGGUUUAAACCGCCGCCUCUUAACCAACAGUCCAUCGGUUGGAGAGUAGAGUUCCGUCCGAUGGAGAUCCAGAUGACUGACUUCGAAAACGCCGCCUUUUCUGUCUUCACUAUACUAUUGUCCAGAAUUGUAUUGAAAUAUAAACUCAAUUUCAUUAUUCCUAUCUCUAAAAUCGACCAAAACAUGUCAACCGCUGUAAAGAGAGAUGCCGUCAAUAGAAGUAAAUUCUGGUUCAGAAAAGACAUAUUCGCUCAAAACACAUUACAAGAUGUAAAUAACAAUACAAACAGUUCUAAAACUAAUUACGAGAGAUAUGAGAGCGAAGAGGAGUCAUAUAUAGAGAUGUCUAUCAAUGAGAUAAUGAAUGGUUACGGAAAUGAAUUUCCGGGUUUAAUACCACUAAUCAGGGAUUAUGUAAAAGACUUAUCACUUGACGCCCAAACCUAUAAUAAAGUCCAACAGUAUAUCCAAUUGAUUGCCGACAGAGCGUCGGCUAAAGUCAAGACAACUGCAAAAUGGAUCAGAGAUUUUGUGCGAAAACAUGCGGACUAUAAACACGAUUCUGUGGUCAACGAGAAAAUUACUUACGAUUUGUUAAACACUUUAAAUCGUAUUCAAAAUGAAGGCAUAAAUGUUAAUGAAUUUGUCUAA